GUUAUACGAUAGCAUACUGAAGCUGGUCACUAAGAGGAAUCGAAUUCACCUACCUAUGACUAUAGUUCUGGCUUGGGUUGGAGCUACGAAGAAGGCGACCAGUAAGAUUACAGGAGAAAGAUGACGUUCACUCGUAGUGGGGCGGAGUGCAUUGGGGCGCGCAGAAGGAACUGUCACUAAGAUGCAGCCGGGUUGUUACGUGUUAAUGCUUGUACUGUUUUGAGACUUUGAGACAGCAAGUGCUCGAAAUCGUCUGGAGGCAGUGCUACAAGGCCUUGUUGAAAAAAAUGAUGUUGAAAGGGAGCAUAUGGAAGAUGAUCCUGGUAAAACAAUUUCUGACUCUCAUAAUAAAGAUUGUUCCCCUACUGGAGCAGGAAAAAGGCCUUCAGCAAGGUUUCCUCAUCCACGACGAAAGAAACGGAAAGAAAUGGAAGAUGGCUUGUCAGAAGGAAGUCUACAAAAACAGAAUACCUAUGUGAUAAAGUUGUUUGACCGCAGUGUUGACCUGGCACAGUUUAACGAGAAUACGCCAUUGUACCCAAUAUGCCGAGCUUGGAUGAGGAACAAUCCUACUGUGCGUGAGGAACCACGAUCUCCAAGUCCACUACAGCCCAGUGCUCCUGAGGAUGAGGAGCUUGCUGAGGUACUUAAUGGGAAGUCACAGGAUAUCUACAGACUUCCUUCUCCUCUUCCAUGCCCUAUAAAUGAUGCAGGAGAAAGAGUUAACCUUCGUAUCCCUUCACCUCAGCCUAAUACUGAAGGAUCACUCAAUAUGAGCUUGCCUCCAGAAUCCUUUCCUGCAACCUCAGAUCUCAUCUCUAGUAAUAUGAAACGUUGGAAGAAGAUCCGACAAAGGUGGAAAGAAGCAUCCCACAGAAACCAGUUGCGAUAUAGUGAAAGCAUGAAGAUCCUUAAAGAAAUGUUUGAACGACAGUGAAGAACUAUUUAAUGACUGACGGCCAUCUUGCAGCUGGUGGAAUACUUGGAAAUUGCUUCAUUUAAUAACUAGACGGAGUCAGAAAUAAAUUUAUUGUUUUAAAACUCUAAAAUGAGUGCUUAAGGAUUAUUCAGAUUACAAAAUGAGGAUCAUUGUUUUAAACUUAGUACUUAAGUACAUACUGUAAAUUCAGAAUGCGAGUUUCACUAUCACUGUCCUCCUUUGUAUAAGGAAUACUACAGAUAGCCAGAACUAUAAAGCAUUUUGUACUCUUCUGGGAGCCGA